ACUCCUGACUAUGAACCCUCAGGGGGUCAGUACCUCAACAAGGCGGCGGUCUUCUCCUCGCUUGCCGCCCGCCUCUCCCAGCUGGCCCUGGGCUGCUCGGUGGUCGCCAUGGUGAGCCACAGUGCGGGCUACAGCGGCGGUCGUGGCGUGUUCUGCAUGGCGGUGUGGUGCGCGUGCUUCGGCAUGACGACGGUGGUGUCUUUCCUGGACGCCACCCGUCUCCACGCCUGUCUGCCCGUCUCCUGGGAUAACCUGAUGGCAUUCGCCGCCCUGGCGACCCUCAUGUAUGUGACAGCCUCGGUGGUUUACCCAGUCUACUUUGUCAGAGCAGAAUGCCCCUACGCAGGCUGUGAGGUCCGGAACUUCCGCAUCGCCGUCACUGUUUGCUCCAUCGCCGGCUCCCUGGCCUACGGCGCCGAGGUGAUCCUCUCGCCCAAACCAGGCCGGGUCGUGGGCUACAUGGCAACCGUCUCCGGCCUCCUCAAGGUCGUCCAGGGCUUCGUGGCGUGCAUUAUCUUCGGAGCGCUGGCGAACGGGACCGAGUAUUCUCGUCACGUAGCGACGAUUUACUGCGUGGUCGUCUACGCCGUCUGCUUCGCCAUGACGACCGUCGUGGUUAUAUUGACCGUGUCCGGUCCGCACCGGGGUUUGAAGUUACCGUUCGACCGGUUUGUUGUUGUUUACACACUCUUGGCGGUUCUUCUCUACCUCAGCGCCUCUGUCGUCUGGCCCGUGUUCUGCUUCGACAGGAAGUACGGAUCGCCAAGACGCCCGUCGUCAUGCCCGCGGGGCCGGUGUCCGUGGGAUAGUAGGGUCGUGGCGGUGUUUAGCGUCGUCAACCUGGCGCUGUACGUCGCCGACCUGGUCUACUCACAACGGAUACGUUUCGUAACCCAGCAACCACGGGUUUUAGAACAGAAUGGAACGAAGCGGAACCGAAUGAUACGGAACAGAAUAGAAUGGGAGAAAACUUUAUUGUACACCCAGAAGUGAACAUUCACACAAAGACAAUAUGCUUUGUCUUCCACCACCAACCACUGGUGAGGUGUAGAAUAGGAUGAGUAGGUAGAGCUAACUAUUGACUCAGAGAGUAAGGGACGGCGACUAUUCAUCAAUCAAUCAAUCAAUCAAAUGUAUUUAUAAAGCCAUUUUUACAUCAGCAGAUGUCACAAAGUGCUUGUACA